AGAAGCGAGAAUGGAGGAGAGAAGGAGCUAGCCUCCGAAGGAGUGUUGGAGUGGACACACUUGGGACGGGACCCAUUUUCAAAAUGUCAGGCUUUGGCAUUUUGUCCAAUUUCUCUUCACUUGGUUUCUCUUUCGUGGGCAGGCCAAGCCCUCCCCCAGCUCCACCUCAUUGCCUGAUUCUCUCAGGCCCAGGUGGGACCCAGAUUCUUUGUCCAGCCCCGGGCCCCUGCCCUUGUGGCUGCUCCUUUUUCUUGAGGUGUUUUUGUUUGUUUGUUUUGUUUUGUUUUUAAUGAGUUUUAAUUAGUAGUGCCGUCACAAAGUGAAGAUGCCUGGCCACUUGGUCGACUGCGCAAUGUCUUUACCACUCUUAGCCCCUUUUGUUUCAGAAAACCCUGAGUCUUAGUACAAUGUUUGUUCUUCCCAACUGCUCCUAGUUCGCAGAUGUGGGUACAUUAAGGAAUCUUAAGGGCAAAGAGGGUGGGGAGGAGGGGACAGAAAACCUGUAAUCCUUGGUGCAGCUCCAAGAAUGAAAUGACACUUGAUGCUUACAUUUUCUUAGCAGACAUGGCCGCUUACCACCAAGAAGGGCAGAUGCAGCUGCCCCGAGCUGAUGCCAUUCGUUCACGUCUCAUCGAUACUUUCUCUCUCAUCGAGCAUUUGCAAGGCUUGAGCCAAGCUGUGCCGCGGCACACUAUCAGGGAGUUACUUGAUCCUUCCCGCCAGAAGAAACUUAUAUUGGGGGAUCAACAACAGCUAGUGCGUUUCUCUAUAAAGCCUCAACGUAUAGGACAGAUUUCACAUGCCGAGAGGCUGUUGAGCAGGCUUCAUGUGCGCUGCAGUCAGAGGCCACCUCUUUCUUUGUGGGCCGGAUGGGUCCUUGAGUGUCCUCUCUUCAAAAACUUCAUCAUCUUCCUGGUCUUUUUGAAUACGAUCGUAUUGAUGGUUGAAAUAGAAUUGCUGGAAUCCACAAAUAACAAACUAUGGCCAUUGAAGCUGACCUUGGAGGUGGCAGCUUGGUUUAUCUUGCUUAUUUUCAUCCUGGAGAUCCUUCUUAAGUGGCUAUCCAACUUUUCCAUUUUCUGGAAGAGUGCCUGGAAUGUCUUUGACUUUGUUGUUACCAUGUUGUCCCUGCUUCCCGAAGUUGUGGUAUUGGUAGGGGUAACAGGCCAAUCAGUGUGGCUUCAGCUUCUGAGGAUCUGCCGGGUACUGAGGUCUCUCAAACUCCUUGCACAAUUCCGUCAAAUUCGAGUUAUUAUUUUGGUCCUGGUCAGGGCCCUCAAGAGCAUGACCUUCCUCUUGAUGUUGCUGCUCAUCUUCUUCUACAUUUUUGCUGUGACUGGUGUCUACGUCUUCUCAGAGUACACCCGUUCACCUCGUCAGGACCUGGAGUACCAUGUUUUCUUCUCGGACCUCCCGAAUUCCCUGGUAACAGUGUUCAUUCUCUUCACCUUGGAUCAUUGGUAUGCACUGCUUCAGGACAUCUGGAAGGUGCCUGAAGUCAGUCGCAUCUUCAGCAGCAUCUAUUUCAUCCUUUGGUUGUUGCUUGGCUCCAUUAUCUUUCGAAGUAUCAUAGUAGCCAUGAUGGUUACUAACUUUCAGAAUAUCAGGAAAGAGCUGAAUGAGGAGAUGGCACGUCGGGAGGUUCAGCUCAAAGCUGACAUGUUCAAGCGGCAGAUCAUCCGGAGGAGAAAAAACGUGUCACGUGAAGCGCUGACGUCAAGCCAUAGCAAAAUAGAUGACAGUUCAAGAGGAGCUAGUCAACAAAGGGAAAGUUUGGACUUAUCAGAAGUGUCUGAAGUAGAGUCUAAUUAUGGUGUCACUGAAGAGGAUUUAAUAACAUCUGCAUCAAAAACAGAAGAGACCUUGUCAAAAAAGAGAGAGUACCAGUCUUCCUCCUGUGUCUCCUCCACAUCCUCUUCCUAUUCUUCCUCUUCUGAAUCCAGAUUUUCUGAAUCUGUUGGUCGUUUGGACUGGGAGACUCUUGUGCACGAAAAUCUGCCCGGGCUAAUGGAAAUGGAUCAGGAUGACCGUGUUUGGCCCAGAGAUUCACUCUUCCGAUAUUUUGAGUUGCUAGAAAAGCUUCAGUAUAACCUAGAGGAGCGUAAGAAGUUACAAGAGUUUGCAGGAAAAAAAAAGGCCGGGCACGGUGGCUCACGCCUGUAAUCCCAGCACUUUGGGAGGCCGAGGAGGGCGGAUCAUGAGGUCAGGAGAUCAGGAUCAUCCUGGCCAACAUGGUGAGACCCCAUCUCUACUAAAAUACAAAAAAUCAGCCGGGCGUGGUGGCACAUGCCUGUAGUCCCAGCUACUCAGGAGGCGGAGGCUGAGGCAUGAGAAUUGCUUGAACCUGGAAGGCAGAGGUUGCAGUUAGCGGAGAUCACGCCACUGAACUCCAGCCUGGCAAAAGAACGAUGCUCCGUCUCAAAACAAAGCAAAAACAGAAGAGUUACGGGCGGAUUUUUAUAAUUUAAUAUGUGUUAUCUGGGUUUUUCCCCUCAUACCUAGUUGAAAUCAACUCAGUUUGAAUAUAAGAAAUUAGAGAGGAGGACUGUGUAUUUGUGUGUGGUGGGCACAGGUGGGAAACGAGGAAUUUAUAACAUUGGAACAUGGAAUUUAGGGCAAGAUGUGAAAGACAGGCUUUGCUUACUUCACAAUUGUUGCCUAAAUUUAAUCCUAUUCCUUCUAGUCAUUCUUAGCCCUGCCUUCCCACUUAUUCUCUAGGGAGGACAGGGUGAAAAGGAGGAAAAUGCAGGAAGGUAGUUUCUUUAAUCUUGAUAAAACUUGUCUAUGGCAAAGAGUACACAGAAUCAUAUGGCUUAAUUUAAAGAUUAGUAAAGACUAGUGAGGGAGCCUAGAACCCAGAAAAGCAAGGUCUUCACCAAACAUUUAUAUAUGUAGAAUAUUCUUAGCUCUCCAGCCUCACAAUCUG